AAUAAUGUGACAGAUGCGUAAUGUGUGCAAUCUCACUAAACACAAUUUGGGGAAAAGAAAAACUAAAAAUGGUGUUAUGAAUUAUUAUUAUUGAAUGACGUUAAUAUAGUCUCCUAGUAAUUUGUAAAACCCUUGUCUUGGAAGAGCAAUGUGGGGUUGGAUGCUCGGAGAAGGGAGCAGUGCAGCGCGGGAGGCGGUGUGCAGCUGGAAAUGGGUGGCGGUCCGCAGCAUGGGCGGCGGUCCUCGCACCUUCCCCGGCGGCGUGAACAAGUGGAAGUGGAAGCGCAUGCACGAGAAGCUCGCCAGAGACAAACAGAAGCGUCUCAUCCAGCAAGAGAAGCAGCUCUACGAGGCUCGCAUCCGCUCCCACAUCCGCUCCGCCCUCUCCCCCGACCACCGCUCCGCCGCCGCCGCCACCCACCGCCCCCUCUCCCCCACCGACCAAGUGAAGGCCCUCGCCGACCGCUUCCUCAGGCACGGCGCCCAAGACCUCUGGAACGACCGCGACGGCCCCCUCACCCCGACUCCGAACCUCGGUGUCCCCACCAAGCAUUCCAGGGGUUACUGCUCUGUUCCCGAGGUUGGGAACGGGAACAAGCGUGUUGGGGGUCCAAAGUUUAGGUUUUGGCGAAAGGGUAGUGAUGAUUCCUCCACUGAGAGCGAGAGUGAGAGUGAGGGUGAGGUGGAAUUCGGUUCGAAGAUGGGUGGCAGUGCUUCCUUGGGGGAGUAUGAUGUCAAGAGAGAGAGGAGGGUUGUGCCCAAGCCAUCUCAAGAGGUUGAGUUUAUUAAGUAUGAGCUUUUUAAGAGGAAGUUGAGCAAGAUUGAGGACCAACAGGGUGAGGAGCAACAAAGCAAUGAAAGCAUCCUCAGCGACACGAGAUUUGAUGAGUGUGGUAUCUCACCGCUAACGGUCAAGGCACUUUCUUCAGCUGGUUAUGUUCAUAUGACACGGGUACAAGAGGCUAGCCUCCCUAUUUGCCUUGAGGGCAUGGAUGCUUCAGUCAAAGCUAAAACUGGCACAGGAAAAAGUGUUGCUUUUUUGCUUCCUGCUAUUGAAACAGUUCUGAAAGCUAUGAGUAACAAUAAGCCUCAACGGGUGCCUCCAAUAUAUGUUCUUAUUCUCUGCCCUACCAGAGAACUUGCUAGUCAAAUUGCCGCUGUAGCAAAGGUUUUGCUGAAAUAUCACGAUGGCAUUGGGGUGCAGACUCUUGUUGGAGGCAUAAGAUUUAAAGUUGACCAAAAACGCCUUGAAUCAGAUCCAUGCCAGAUACUUGUUGCUACACCUGGUAGGUUGCUGGAUCAUAUUGAGAAUAAGUCUGGAAUAUCUCUGCGGUUAAUGGGCUUGCAGAUGCUUGUACUUGAUGAAGCUGAUCAUUUACUAGACCUGGGAUUUAGAAAGGAUGUAGAAAAAAUUGUUGAUUGUUUGCCCCGUCAAAGGCAAUCUUUAUUGUUUUCUGCAACCAUACCAAAGGAGGUCCGUCGCGUAUCUCAGCUUGUUUUGAAAAGGGAACACAAAUAUGUUGAUACAGUUGGAAUGGGUUGUGUAGAAACUCCUGUUGAGGUGAAGCAAUCUUAUCUUAUUGCUCCUCAUGAGUCACAUUUACAAUUAGUGCACCAUAUUCUGAAGGAGCAUAUCAUGCAAACACCAGAUUAUAAGGUUAUUGUAUUCUGUAUAACUGGGAUGGUCACAUCACUUGUGUAUAACCUUCUUCGGGAAAUGAAAAUGAAUGUUAGGGAGAUACAUUCCCGUAAACCUCAGCUCUAUCGAACUCGUAUAUCAGAUGAGUUUAGGGAAUCCAAACAAUUGAUUCUUGUCUCGUCUGAUGUUUCAUCACGGGGAAUGAAUUAUCCUGAUGUUACCUUAGUCCUACAGGUAGGAAUUCCUGAUGACCGUGAACAAUACAUACAUCGUCUUGGAAGAACAGGUCGGGAAGGCAAAGAAGGGGAUGGCAUAUUGUUGAUUGCUCCAUGGGAAGAGUAUUUUUUAAAUGAAAUCAAGAAUCUACCUCUACAGAAAUUCCCCUUACCAGAUGUAGAUCCACAAGCAAAGCUUAAGAUUGAGAACUCAAUGGCAAAGAUUGAUAAUGACAUCAAAGAAGCAGCUUAUCAUGCUUGGCUUGGUUAUUAUAAUUCCAUUAGGGAAAUUGGAAGGGAAAAGACAACUAUAGCUGAGCUGGCAAACCGAUUUUCUGAAUCAAUUGGUUUGCAAAGGCCUCCUGCUCUCUUCCGAAAAACUGCAUUAAAAAUGGGUUUGAAAGACAUUCCUGGCAUUAGAAUUCGUAGAUAAUGAGUCAGCAGUUAGCACACAUAGGUAUAAUGAGGAGAUGCAAGCAUGCAUGGGACAAGGAAGUGUGGAGAAGGGAAACAUACUCGAUUUUGAUUUUGCUAGGUCUUUGAAUUCUUUUUUCAUGAUUACUCAAUUGUUAGCGCUUAAAUCCUGUAUUUAAUUGUAGUAAGCAAUGUGUAACACCCAGGAACUAUAGCAAUAUCGUCAUCUAUUGACGACUGGCUUAAUUUAGAAUAUAGAAAAGAAAAUAGAAAACGUGAUUUUAUGUUUAUUGGAAAUGAAAUUGCAUGUCUUCUGGUACAGAUGAAUGUUUGAUGUUGAUCAAGCAUGCAAAUCACAGAUAUUAAGUUCUUGAGAGCGUUUGGUGCA